UACCUGCUGACUCUAACUCCUAUAUACAUGCACGUAGCCCUACUGUGCUGCCCAAUAGACCUAUAGGAAUCUGCGGUGUUCAGCCUCGUAAUUCGCCCCGCGCUCUAUUAUGGUUGCGAAAUGCCUCGCCGGGAUGAUUACCGUAUCUACAACCGCUUUCUGAAGGACACUAUCCGGACAUCCACACUUCCCCAGCAAAGCGAUAACGCAUGGAGCAUAUCGUCCAUCAUCCGCAUAGUCGAUGGCAGAAGUUCACUUAUCGGCAAGAGAAAAGGCAUCGCCCCGAAGACGAUCUCAGGCUGUGUAAUCCGGGCCAGACAAGCAGCCAGGUCGUUCCACGCCAACGGCAAAUAUUGAGAGACUUCUUGCGUGAAGUCAUUCCAGCAGCCUCGCGCAGAAUUUACCCCUACUUGCAAGACGUAGAGAGAUACAGCAGCGACGAUAGUAUCGCGCUUCUAGAUGAUCGGCAAAACCAUGAAGGAUGCGAAAAGAUCAGCGGAAAGCCCUGUAACGACUGCGUUAUCUUCUCGAGAUCAGUUUGCAUUCCUGAGCUCUGUGCAAGGUUGCAGGAAAAGAGAAGGACAUUUAAGGCUGAAAAGCGGAUAAUAUUCAUACCCAACCUCACGUCUGCAGCAGCUGUAUGUUUGGCAGCAACAGUCGCUGAGCGAUCAGCGGUCACUCUCCGGGACUUCUUACACAGAUAUCUUAAACGGGAGGUUGUAUUCAGCGCGACGACGACUUGGGGCUUCUUCUUCGAGUUUCAUAUACCCUACCAUGCAAUGCGUCGCGGACCACUUACGGUCACCGAAGAUCCAAGAUUGAUAGGUGACAAACGUCUCCGCAAGACAGAACCUCUACCACUUGGACAUCAUCCUAGCGACCAAGAAGAUCUCUAUUAUCAUGAGGCGCUGACGUCUUCUCUCUCAUGGGGUGCUGAUGAGUGGUUUUGGACGGAGCUAUGUCUGGUAGACACAUACUUUGGCUCCGAGGAAAAACACAAGUCCUACUUCACUGGGUGUCAGGAAGGAGAUGGACUUGACCCCCCGUGUGGUGGUCGCAUUCACAUGACCGCUCCGCGUUUUGACCCAAGAGAGUAUUUUCUUCUCAAGCUGAAGUUUCGGACUGAACAAGUAGUCACGGAGUACAGUACACUUAUUGAAACCUUCAACAAGAGAAUGGACGAAUACGCACAAACGAUUAGACGCGUAUUCGAAGACGACAACAAAAGAACAAAUACAAGAACAAUAAGCGACGUUAUCGAAACGACACAGGUUUUCAUCGACAGCCUCGGCGUUAUAGUCGACGCCUGGGAAACCUUCCAUCGGACUGAGCUGUCGCUCUUCACUAGCUACAUACCCGAAAGAUCGCUGUGGCCAAAUUAUAUCAACAGCAUCAUGCGAAACGUCGCAGAACUAGACCGACUGCGCAAGACACUUCUUACAAAGCGAGAUCGCUUCAAGUUCAAACUCGAUAGCCUCCACACGGUCUCCAGUCUCAGCCAAACAGAAACAGGGAACCUCCAAGCAAAGACUGCAGUAACCCAAGGCGACGACCUGAAGAUGCUUACCAAGAUGACCGUUUACGUUGCCUUCCCCCUACUCUUCACGACAGCAUUCUUCAGCAUGGAUUUCGUCACACCAACGUACCCAUGGGCUGCAUUCUUCGGGGUGCUGGUGCUGAUGUCGUUGGUGAACUACAUGAUCGCUUCACCGCGGAGGUCACAGAGAGUGUGGAAGGAGUGCAAGACAUGGUGUAGUGCCGUAUUAGGUAACUGGACAUAUAAUCGAAUAUAACACAAUCACCACUCCCAAGACAAAGCA